AUGCCGCGCACCUCCGAUUCCGUCACUGUCGAGGACGACGACGAGCUCACUCAAGAGAUCGAGGCGCAAGUCAACGAAUGGUCCAGCAACAGCAACGAAUGCUUCACGGUCCAGCUUGUCCGCGGUGAUGGCGCCGUCACAGCUUCGUUCAAGCCAGAGUACACAUACUCCAUGUUUGGCGACGAAGAGGCCAUCUUCGGCUAUCAAGACCUUUCCAUCGACUUGACCUUCCGAGCACAUGAUUUGGAGCCUGAGUUGAAGUUCAGCUAUGGCAAGAUCUUUGAGGCGCAAGGAGAGGUCCGGCCUACCGACAUAAUAGAGGCGCUGAGAGACUUUCUUCCCCAGUCUGCCUUCAAGAGCAAGAAAUCGGAGGACGACGCAGCAGAUUUCCAGCCACCUGGAGAGAAGAUCCACACCUACAAACGAGAAGGGAAGACAUACGAGACGUGGUGCGCAAGUCUAUCAGACGAGCGGGCAAAGAAGCUGGUACAGAACGUGCAGAUACUCAUUCCGAUGUUCAUCGACGGUGGAUCGCUACUGGAACUGGAACAAAGCUGGACUGCAGCCAGAUGGAAGGUCUUCUUAGUCUACGAAGUCGAUCAAAACCCCUCCGACAAGGUAUCGCCCUACAGCUUCGUCGGCUAUGGCACAUCAUAUCGCAGCUUCACCUUCCCCGAUCGGCUCAAAACUGUCCAGUUCGACGACUUCUCGCCAAGCUCGCAACCACUCGAAUUCUUCAUGCCACCGCCGGACGGUAAAACCAACGAACUCGCAAAUCCUCCCGAUUUCGACUCGCCGCUCGAUCUGCCGAGCCGUGAGCGCCUGUCGCAGUUCUUGGUGCUACCACCAUUCCAUGGUGCUGGUCACGGACAAGAGCUGUACAACACCAUGUACAAGCACUUGACUGCCCCACCUAACGUGCGCGAGUUCACUGUGGAAGAUCCCAACGAGAGAUUCGACGACCUCCGUGACUUCUGCGAUCUUCUCUACCUGCGACAAAACGUACCAGAGUUUGCCGCACUGCGCAUCAACACGGACAUUCCUGAAGACAAGAUGAGGAUGGAUGUGAACAUUCCUACAGAGUUGAUCGUACCGGCUGAAGUGCGAAAGCAGGUGAUGCGAGAUACGAAGAUUAUGCAACGUCAAUUCGAUCGGUUGGUCGAGAUGCAUACUCUGUCGUUCAUCGACAAUCGCUCACGCAGCAGAUUGACGAAGAAGGAAAAGUCAACCAAUGCCCACGACAAGGCAUACUUUUUCUGGAGACUCUACGUCAAGCAGCGCCUGUACAUCUUCAAUGCCGAUCAACUGAAGCAAGUCGAGCAUACGGAGCGAGUUGAGAAGCUUGAAAGCGCGCUUGAUAGCGUACUUGAAGCGUACUCUGAGAUGAUCGACAAGGUUAAGGCCAAGGAGAAGAGCGACGUUGAAAUGGGGGAUGUCAAUACCUCGGCUGAUGCGAGUGCACCCAAGAGGAAGCGACCCGUCAUCGACGACGAAGAGGACGACGACGACGAGGAAGCGGCUGGAGCAGAAAACGAAGAGACCGGCCCAAACACAAAUGGUCAUAAGAAGGUUAAGGUUUAG